CAACUUCUGUGGAACUUGGAGAUUAUUGGUCAAGGUCUUCUUCUUCAGUUAGAAGAUAUAAACAUUAUUACUAAAUGCAUUGAAGUUUUAGAAUCAUGGACUGUUGGGUUGUGGCUUUCAGCGCCCACCAUACCAUCACCUCUUUUAGAAAACCCCAGUUUCUUUAUUAUAAUUAUUUUUGACCAAAUUACUAAAGUGUUUAUUCCAAGAGUUUUUGGUGAACUUUCAAAGUAUCAUUAUCUAAUUAUCCAGCAUUGCGCCUUAUGUGCCAAAGCUGUUACCUUGAUUCAAGAAAACACUCGACGCAUUAAUUCACGAAUUUCCUAUAAAACUUGGAAAAAGAUGCUUAUUAUAAUGAUGAGCAUAACAGAUUUAUUUUUUUCUCAAGCAAACAGUUUGGCUGACACUGUUUAUGACAAAAUGCGGAAAGAAACGUUAAAGUUUAUGUCUAAGUACUUAAACAAUUUAGUACUCAGAGCUUUGUUUGAAAUGUGGGUUGCAUCGUGCUCGCAUUGUUUCCCUGAUCCCACCCUCUGGAAAACACUAUUUUUCCACGCACAGUUUUGGCGGCACGAAUCUGCGUUUGUACCCCAGUGGAGUUUUCUUUCGAUAUCCUUGACCCAUCGCCUAUUGAGCAUCCUCUACGGGAAAGCAACCGGAGCGCCGAACCUUGUGCUAGACGGCCCGACCGAUUCUUCCCUCAUUGAACUGCAGGUUAAAGCUUUGGAACCUUUUAUAAUAGAAGAUUUCAAUAUCCAAUGCUUUGUGCACUGCUGGUUUCGUAUGCUCAUGCUCAUUGGCAAUCCAUGCGAAUUAGAGUUGUCCAUCUGCUUUUUACAAGCAAUGCAAGCUGUUUCUUCCAUUAUACUGUCAUUUAUAGAUGUGUCCGAACCUCCUGAAGAAGAACAAGCAACCCUGAAAGACUUUAUCUAUCAAUCCCUCGCUCGAUACCUUACCGGAAAAUACUACCCACCCUUUAUGCCCAGUGAUGACAGUUUUAUUAUAAAAGAAAAAAAAUUACAAAAAAGAAAUAAUUAUCUGAAGCCCCCCUGUGGAAACAGCAUCUUGAAUUUAUUUGGGGAGUGGCUCGUUGAAGCAGCCUAUAGUCCAUUCCACCAGGGGCGGGCUCAGGCCAUCGGAAUCCUCUGCCGCAUCUUUUCUUCUUCUAAACAAGACGCUCGCCCCUUUUUGCUGACCUACUUGGCCAGAUUUUACAUCGCUGUGACAGACGCGCUAGAAAGCGGAGACGGUAUGGUCACAACUCUGGUCAUUAUGAACUCGGAAAGGUUGUUUCUUAAUAAGCUACAGGGAAUGAAGCUCCUAGUUGUUCCAUUUCUUGUUGCAUUGGAGAAGACUUUAACUUCUAAGGAGCCAAGCUAUCAGGUCCCUUACUUUGUAACGCUUGAAAAAUUACGCCGCACGGCAAUACAGAUACUGCUAUCUCUCUUUCUCUAUCCCAACUAUUAUAAAGAGUUAUAUGCGCUGAGAUGCUCUUCUAGCAAUUUAAAUUCCCUUCAAAUUAACGAUUUAAAAAGAGGGGAAGAUUCGUCUACUUCGUCUUCAGAUUCUGUGCACGUAAAAGUUACAAAAAAUGCGCCUCACGUAGAACAGAAAAGUGUAGAAUGCGAGGACGCCUUAUUCAACUUUUCCGAUCUUCGAGCUAGCGGACCUUUUUUGUUCAAAAAGCAAGCCUACACAACUCUCUCCUUGAAGAAGACAUUUUCCAAUCAUUGGCCCCGAAAGCAUUCUGUUCACUCAACGCGCUCUCUCCUUCCCGUGGACGCCUCUUUCAAACAGCCCUCGGAAUUUUCUGUGGAACCCUCACCAAGCACAGUCAUAACUGUAUUAUAUAACACCAUAGAACUUACUUCUAAGGGACCUUUAAAAAGCACUAUUAACUUGUCUAAGACAAAAAGUACAAGCUUUCAAGAAAACCAUCAGUUCAAUAAGAAAGAACUUUACCUUGGAAAAAACAUGCUUUACUACACUUUACUCCGAGCUUUCAUCAGUGAAAAGUACGCAGACAAUCUCAAAACGUUAUUGUGUAUAUUCCACGUCUAUUUAGAAAAUGUCCAUACUUCCGCCCCUACCAUGGCUCAGAACAUUGCCAAAAUCGUUUACCGGAGACUUUCGGUCGAAAAUAAUGCUUGGGCAACUUCCGUGGCGCUGACCGCUUUCGACGUUCUUGCAGGCUUUGCAGCUUUGCAAGAAUAUCUGGUGGUCAAGGAUCUCGUCUAUUUCCUAUGCAGUUAUAUUGACGGCUGCAUAAGACUGCCUCCCCAACGACAAACGCAGGAUCUUCAUUUAAAAAUUGCAGGAGCAUUUCGUUGCUUACUGGCAUGGAGUGGCACAUCCCCUGUUCUCAGCAAUGAGGGCGUUCUCCAGCAAGUGUUACAGGCUAUAGAAUUAGGUUUAACUGGAAAGUGCAGUGGUGUAAUGCGCGGUGAUAACAAUUUUAAAAACCUCUCUUUGCGAGAAUUUGCGGUAGAAAAACCGACUCCCCCCUCUAAAAGGGUAGAGAAUACAGCUGAGCAGCUCCUGUUAUUCCUUCUAGGCAAUACCCAAAAUAAUUUUUCAUCACGGACUUUGCUUACAGCAAGCCAAGGGAUAAACCCUAAAGAAAAUGUUCGGCAUUUCGCUGUUGAUAAAAACUUUAUUAUAUCCUUUGCCGAAUCCGAAUUGGAAAAUUCUUGUAAACGUUCUUCGAUCAUUAUAAUUAGGGACCAGAACGGACUUUUCUCUUUUGAGUACCGCUUAAAAUUGCUAGAAGAAGAAAAAUCGGGAUCCCAGAGAAGUCAAAGGGAGCUCCGACUUACAAACGUUCUUGAUCAAAGUAAAUCUGUACCCAGUUAUGACGAAGGCGAUUUACCAUUGGCGGAACUUCCUCACUACGGAGAAUGUUACCUGCCUUCACUCAUGAGCACUGUUCCGGAGGCCGAACUGGACUUUUUCUCUCAGCUCCACGAUAUAUGCUACUGGCAGUUCGAGCAGGAGUCGCAGACAGAUGGCUCUUCUGACUCAGCCUCCGCGAUUCCUGUAGGAGAAUACCCCCCAUACUCCCCGGUUAGAAUGGGCUCCCUUAGGGGGCGGCAAUUUAUGUCUCACUUAAACUUUAUUUCUUUUGAAAAUGGACCAGCUAACUCUCGCCAGCCACGUGUUGUAGAACUUUUAUCGUCUGAAGACUUCUAUUCUUCCCUUCAAGAACUCGACUCCUUACCUGAAUGCGAAACAGAGACUUUCACGAUAUUUUAUGCUAGGAAGGGCAUGUGUCUACCCCACCAACUAUUGGAGCAUUGGGAGCCUGUAUGGAACUCUAGCGAAUUUAUGAGUUUUCUUCAAACUUUAGGGAGAGCGAGAGGAUGUGCUACAUUGCGAUACUUCAAGUAUUUCACCUCCCAUACUUCAAGCCCAGAAGUAUUUUUUUACAGAGAUAACUUUGGAGAGACUGUCUUCCACGUGCCAGCUUGCAUUGAAGAUCUUUACCCUUCUGACGGUGAAUUUGGCGAUCUGAAGCUUGACAUUGAGUGCACCAGCGAAAUUAAAAAGGAAACAAACAUCCGCAGCGUUCCCUAUGAUAAUUAUCCAGAGAGCUCUAACACGAGCCGCAAACCGUUCCACCAAGAUAGAGUAACGUUGAUUGAAAAGGCGAAUAUAACAGUCAAAAGUUGCGCCUUAAUAAUCUGGCUAGAAAAUCUACAGGAUAUCCCUGUUUUCCCUUUUAAGGAUUCAACUAAACUUCUCAUAUACAUUUAUCCUCUGAAACGCAACUUGUAUAGAAUUAUUAUCAGCGGACCCCCUUUACAUGGUCCUCUCUUAGAUGGAAUGAUUGUCAAUAACGAAGUGCUUGGUCGCAUGACUAGAGCCACCCUCUUAAACUUUUCUAGGCAUUUACGAAUUAAUAUGGACGUUAUGACAAGACCUAGCCACGUCAGGAAACGUUUCAUCGAGGGGAUCGCCAGUAGAUACCACCGAAAAGAGGGCCAAGACGAUGUGCCGAUCGAACUUCUUUAUAAAUAGUUGUUAGUAUUAAAGAACGUAAGGGUUAAGUACGGAGCACACAAUUCUUAUGACACUUUUUUUGGUGAAAUUAUUCCGGGUCUAAUAUAGUAUAUAAGUUUG